GCCCAGAGAGUCUGGAUUCCUAGGGAGCCUCUGAGGAAGUGGGUCUGGGAGCUCUUUGAAGUCACUUCCUGCGUGGCACACCAUCCCCACCCCCUCUCCCCCAGCCCACCUUUUUGGGGGAGAAGCCUCCAGGCUGGAGCCGCCAGGUUUGUUUUCCACACCUGCGAGUAGAAGCGCCUCUGUCCAGCUGGAACCAUCAAUCUUUCCCAUCAAGUGAUUUCUGUCAUUUAACAACAUUGUAGAGCCACCAUUUGUUGGAACAAAGGCAUAGUGUGUUUCCCUCCUGUCGAAUUUUUAGUGGCCUUUGGCACCUGGAGAUAAAAACAAGCAUGCGGGCAGAGCAAGGUGAUCCAUUGGCUGUGGGACUGCAAUUGAAUCCUGAAGAACAAGGCAUGGUCAGCUCUGAAACGGCUAGAAAGAGGUCUUCUGUCAUCCAAGCAGGAAGGAGGAGACGAUUCUGGGGAAGACAAGAAGACACCGUUCUGAAGGAGGAUAUAGUCCAAUUCGAUGGGUCACAGGAUCAGAUGCUAGACCCGUAUUGGCAUAAAGAGCCAUUCCUGGCCAAAGAAAUGCAGAAUGUGGCGAGGGAAAGCAUUUCGGAGGCUGAUAUCGCAACAGUGAGACUGGAGGAAGGUUUGCUCCUGAAGAAGCCUGAAGGAGAUCAGGCACCAAAGUCAUUGACAGGCGUGGCUGCGGAUUUCUCCAAGGAAGACAUCACACUUUUGGACAGUUGCAAGAUACGGCUGUUUAGGCAAGUUGCAGAGAAUGGCAGCAUUGCAUCUCCUUUUGGUGAAGGAAUGGCAGCGGAAGCUCAUUCGGGAGAAGUACCAUUGCAUGACAGAAUGGAGGUCCCCUCUGUGGAAUCAGACCAGGGGCCGGUGACCUUUGAGGAGGUGGCGGUGCAUUUUUCGGAGGGAGAGUGGAGCCUGCUGGGCCCGGGGCAGAGAGCGCUCUACCGGGAAGUCAUGGUGGAAAACUAUGGGAACGUGGCCUCUCUGGAAGGGCUUCCGGUUCCUAAACCAGAUCUUAUUUCUUGGUUGGAAGAAAAAGAAGAUAUUUUUAACCCAAGUUCUGGGGAAGUUGUAAGAGCCUCAGGUGACACCUGGGCAAGUGAAACCAAUGAAGCAUCCUUUGAGAUAGUAUCCCAAGGAGAUGGGGAUGAGGAGGUGGAUGACAUUGCUGGGGAUCAAAGUGGAAGGGAAGUACAGGUGGAAAAGAAUUUCACAGAGGUGUGGCAAAAGAAACCUGGAGAUGACAAAACUGUGAGAGCGGUCAGUGUGGAGAACUCGGAAGAAGAACAGGAUUGUGUCUCGAGUGAAUCAUUUGAAGCUUUGCCUGGAGGAUCUCAAGAGGACAUUCCCUUCAUAACAGAGGAAGUUGAAAGUGAUGAUUGGGAUAGUGGGAGUGAGUGGGAACCAUAUGGCGUGUUGUCAGAAGACACAGAGAAUGAAGACGUGGGACAUAAUUCUCAGAGUCAAGAAGAAGCAGAGACAAAUGAGGAGGACCAAGCUGAAGACUGGAGAAAUAAACCCAAUUGCCAGGGCAGUGACUUCAACGGCGUGCCAGCCAAACCAAAAAAACACAAAGGCAAGAGAAAGAAUCAGUGCAAGGUGUGCGGGAAGAGCUUCACUCGUAAGGCCAGCCUUAAGGUCCACCAGAGGAUCCAUACGGGGGAGAAGCCCUACAAGUGCACCGUCUGUAGCAAAGGCUUUUGUGAUAAAACCAGCUUCCUAAGGCAUCAAAGGAUCCACACGGGAGAGAAGCCGUAUAAAUGCCCAGAGUGCGGGAAGAGCUUUAACCGGACCACAAACCUCAUCACGCAUCAGAAGACUCACGUGGAAACCAGAGAGAAGACCUUCCACUGCACCAGCUGCACCAAGAGUUUUUACAACAAGUACAGCCUUAAGACGCACUGGCGGAGCCACACCGGGGAGAAGCCGUACAAAUGCUCCAGCUGCAGCAAGAGCUUUUGCGACAAAUCCAACCUUGAAGCGCACUGGCGAGUGCACACCGGGGAGAGGCCGUUCGAGUGCACCGAGUGCGGGAAGAGCUUCAGCGAUCGCAGGACCCUCCUGAGGCACCAGAGGAUCCACACCGGGGAGAGGCCCUACCGGUGCACCGAGUGCGGGAAGAGCUUCAACGACCUCGCCACCCUCCUCCGGCACCAGAAGAUCCACACGGGAGAGAAGCCCUACCAUUGCAACGAGUGCGGGAAGAGCUUCAACCAGAGCUCACACCUUAUCAGGCACCAGAACACCCACGACGCCAAGCGCCACAAGAGUGGCAGCCGCGGGGCAAAAGCGCCCAGCGGAACCAAUAUCUUUCUGGACAUCGGAGGCUUUGCGCAAGAGAACUAUUACGGCUACACUCACCCGCCAGAACCCUUUCGCUGGCCACUUACGUCCUACGCGUCCUCCACAGAGGCAGAAAGCGUGGGCUUGCCUAAUUUGUGGACUAUCGAGGAGACGUCUGUUGGCGAUCAAGCCAUCCUCGUUGUGAAAGAAAUAACGGAGGACAGGACCGUGGCACUAUGAAUGUUCAGGGCAUGGGAGGUGUUUGCCGCUAGGCCCGUACGUGUCGGGUGUGUCAUUCUCCAGUCCAAACAAGAAGCCAUACAUACUUCAAGACACUUUUUACAACUAGUGUGUUUUCAAGGAUCGAGAAAGAGGGUGAGAGUCAUUAGAUGCAGUUACGAAAAGGCAGAGGACUUGACGUUCUUAUACGUAUGCUUCACAACACUUAUUAACUCCUUCAUUUGUUAUUCCUGGAGAGAGAGGAAGAGGAAUUCCUAAAGGUUCAUGUGAGUAUGAUUGCUUGAGGAUGGAAGAAAAAGAGACAGAUGGGUAAAAAUGCUGAGACACUUCAUUUAGAAGUUCCAAAUCAGUUCACUCUGCUUUCAGUUUCCAAAAAACUGGCAAUAAUCCCCUUGUCCUCAGACAGUCAAAGUCUCCUCAAUUAAGUGAACAAGAAUCUUGUCUUCGGAAGAAUGAGUGACAGUCAAAGUAUUAUAAAAACCUUGCUCUCCUUACUUUCCCAUUUUUGGGUCAUAUUUAGUAAAUAUGAUGAUAAUUAGAUCUCUCACUCUUUAAGUCAUUUGGACAGGCGACUAAUAUUAAUGGGAUGUUUUUCAAGGACCUAAUGGUUUUUUUUCUUUUUGGUAAAUGGACACAUUUGUAAGUUGAUUAUAGAGUUUUCUAUGCCAAGGAUCACCAGGUAGGUGGAGGGUCUGUUGUCAAAAUCAAAGUUUGUUCUUUUCUGUGCAGGACUGAAAAAUAAAUGCAUUUCAGAAUCACACUUUGGUGCGAAGGGAUACAGACUAGGUUAAGAGGAUUUUAAACAAGAUGUAUGGGUUUCUCAUUUAUUUCUUAAUUGAAAAAGUCACCAAUCUAGAGGGAAAUUAGCUGGACAUGUGUGUUGUUGAAGGCUUUCUUGGCUGGAAACACUGGGUUGCUGUGAGUUUUCCAGGCUGUAUGGCCAUGUUCCACAAGCAUUCUCUCCUGAUGUUUCACCCACAUCUAUGGCAGGCAUCCCCAGAGGUGGUAAGGUCUGUUGGAAACUAGGCAAGUGAGGUUUAUAUAUCUGUGGAAUGUCCAGGGUGAGAGAAAGAACUCUUGUUUGUUUGAGGCAAACGUGAAUGUUGCAGUUGGCUACCUUGAUUACCAUUGAAUAGCCUUUACUACACAGAGAAGCCAUGGAAAUCCACAAAAGUGUCAACAGAAAGGAGGAAACCAUGAAAAUGAACCAAAUCUGGCUACCAGCAUUUAAAAAAAACUCUAAAAUCAGAACAGUAAAUAAAGAACAACACUGAAAAUUCCAGACAGGAAACAAUCAGGGCCAGCUAACGCCUCCCGACAAAGGAUUCCCCCAGGCAGGAAACAGCCAGGCUUUAAAUCUGCAAGGUGAUUCAGUGCUAAUCAAGGUAGUCAAUUGCAACAUUCACACUUGCCUCAGGCAGACAAGAGUUCUUUCUCCCACCCUGGACAUUAUUCUACAGAUAUAUAAACCCCUCUUGCCUAGUUUCCAACAAACCUCACAACCCCUGAGGAUGCCUGCCAUAGAUGUGGGUGAAAUGACAGGAGAGAAUGCUUCUGGAACAUGACCACACAGCCCGGAAAACUGACAGCAAUCCAUAUUGUUAUUUAACACUAAUGUUAAUGUAUAGGACGAAGGACACAGGGCACUUUCGCUUAAGGACACUAACUUUUUGGGUGAGGCUGUGAUUAUUCACACUAUAUCUUCUGAGUCUACCAUCCUCAAAUCAGCUCCUGGAAUUGUUCAAGCAGGCAGUGUGACUUCGGGAGCUGCAGUGUAAGGCUGGAAGCCUCUUGGGGUCCAAAACACCUGGAGGGCUCAAGUUUGCCCAUGCCUGGGAUAGAGGAUAUUAUGAAUAUUACUGCUUAAGUAAGGCUGGAUUCGUACAACCCUUCAGUGACUACAAAUCUCAAUAAUCCUGACCAGCUUGGCAAAUGCUGAUGAUACUGGGAGUUGUAGUCCUGUAUAUUUAUAGAGUCCUGUUUCUUAAACUCUGGGUCCUGACUCCAUUGCUCAAUAUUGGGGUGCGAUUAGAAAUAUGAAACAGUUUGGAAUGAGGAAAUCUAGAUAACUGUUUCAUAUUCAUGAUCGCUAUUGGUCAGUUGUAACUCCUGCAAACUACUUUACUGGUUAUUAGUCACAGGGGGAGAAAGAGGUCCAUUUUGCUAACAUUUCGGGCAUGUAUGAAUGACAGUUCUGUGCAGUGUGGGAAGGGGAUCAGACCAUGAGAAGUUACAGUAGUUAAAUACCAAAUAAUGUUUAUUUCAUUCAAGUUCUUAAAAAUAAUGUUUAUUUCAUUCAAGUUCUUACUUUAGCAUAAAACAUCCAAAUGUUAAAAAUAAAUAUAUCAAAAGGAAAAGGAAGGCAGGGACAGCAAAGCGUGAACAGUCCCCAAAACGUCAGGACUCUAUUUACAAAGAAAGUAAAGACUGCCAGUCAAUGGAUAGUGUGUCGCCCCUGAAUGUCAAAACGUUGACACGGAUGAUGUUUCUGAGGUUCUGCUGUAUCACCCACAUUCUGAAUGUCCAGUUUUUAUUUUAGAGUUUACGUUAUUUGUACUUAGUUUAUUUUACUGAUGUUUGUGUUACACUGAACUCUGCUCAUGUUAAUCUCACUGCCUUUUCUGUUGCUUAAUAUACAGUCCUCUGUAUCUGCUGGGGUUAGGACCUUGCAGAAGUGAAAACUAGGGAAAAAACCCCUCUUUAGGAAUCUCUAGGGCAGGCAUGGGCAAACUUGGGCCCUCCAGGUGUUUUGGACUCCAACUCCCACAAUUCCUAACAGCCGGUAGGCUGUUAGGAAUUGUGGGAGUUGGAGUCCAAAACACCUGGAGGGCCCAAGUUUGCCCAUGCCUGCUCUAGCACCUCCAGCAUAAAUCCAUGUCCAUUUCCGAUGGAAUAACACUCAUUCCAAGGGUUGCCAGAGAAUAUUUUAAUUGCAUCUGCAAAUAUUACAUCUGGAAAUGCAGAGGGCUGGCUGUUAUUAUGUUAGCAGAGCUACUCUGGAGUAUCCUUCAAGGGAGAGAGGUUCUCAUAAUGUUAAAAUAGGAGUCAAAGCAACUACAAAUAAAUGGGAAAUGUGGAAUAAGCUCAUCAUGAUCCUUCAGCAUCACCAGAGUGUCAGGUUGCUCCUGACACGGAAAAACAAAACAAAAAAAACAGAGUGUUUAGAAAAACUCACCGAGUGGAUUAUGAGGGGCCCUCCAUACCAGACCUACUGAUUCUGCACCCAUGGAUUCAACCAUCCAUGGCUUGGAAAAUAUAUAUAUAUAUUUGAAAAAUUCCAAGAUGAAAACCUUGAUUUAGCCAUUUUAUAUAAAUACGUCAUUGUAUAUAAUGAGACUUGACUGUCUACAGAUUUUAGUAUCCACAGGUUGUCCUGGAACCAAAUCCCAGGGAAUAAUAUGGGCCCACUGUACUGCAUUCUAAAAAUGCUGCAACAUUUCAAAGAAAACUCUCUGUGUUAUCGGAGGCUUUCAUGACCGGGAUCACAGGGUUAUUGUAUGUUUUCCGGGCUGUAUGGUCAUGUUCCAGAAGUAUUAUCUCCUGACGUUUCACCCACAUCUAUGGCAGGCAUCCUCAGAGGUUGUGAGGGAUGGACAACCUCUGAGGAUGCCUGCCAUAGAUGUGGGCGAAACCUCAGGAGAGAAUACUUCUGGAACAUGGCCAUACAGCCCGGAAUACAAACAACCCAGAAAACUUUGUUCAUGCAAAGUCCUUUGUCAGUGGGUCCGAUGUGAUGUCAUGAGUCCUUUGGCUCAUUGAUUUUCACAAGGCUCCCCUUCCUCCCAGUUCAGCCCUUCUCUAGGAGCUGUGGAUGCGUGUGCGUUUUAAAGUAGUUGGGUGUUGUAGGCGGCUGCCUUUAUUAUGCAUGGUUGCUUUGAGACUGUAUGCCUAUUUUAGUGUACUGGCAAAAUGUUCUGCAAAUAAAGAAUCAUGGAAUGGUCAUUUCUCUCCACAA